CUCUUUUCUCCCCUUCAUCUCCCCCACCUAACACCCCUCCCCGCUGCAGCCCCAGUCCCCGGGCGGGGUUGCUAAGGAAACGGCCGCUUGGCAACGCGCGCGAGCCCGGGGGCCGCCGGCCGCUGCUGCGCCCCGCGCUGCUUGGGCUGUUGCUGCUGCUGCUGCUGCUGCUGCUGCUGCUGCUGCUGCUGCUGCUGCGAUUACAGCCGCCGCCGCUCGCCCUGCCUCCUCUGCCGCCGCGCCUCCUCCCUCACAAGCCGGCGCGCUAGCCUCCUCGCUAGAGGGUGUGAGAGCCGCCAGAGAAUUAGACACACUCCGGACGCGGCCAAAAAGCAACCUAGAGGAGGUGUAGUGUGGUGCCAAGGGGUGGGAGGGAGGGAGGGAGGGCGAACGAAGAGAAGGAGGAGGGGAGGCAUAAUAAAAAAAAAAAGAGAAAAAGAAAGGAGAGAGAGAGAGAGAGAAACAACACCCAACAAGAGAAGGGGGGGAAGGAAAGAAGCCCACCCACCCCCCCUCAAAAAAAAAAAUCCGGUGGCGCGCCGCCUGGUUCCCGGGAAGACUCGACAGCACCAGGGGGUGGGGGAGUGAGAGCUGAAAGCGGCUGGAGAGUAAGCAGCCCUAGCAGGGAUGGACAUGAUGCUGUUGGUGCAGGGUGCUUGUUGCUCGAACCAGUGGCUGGCGGCGGUGCUCCUCAGCCUGUGCUGCCUGCUACCCUCCUGCCUCCCGGCUGGACAGAGUGUGGACUUCCCCUGGGCGGCGGUGGACAACAUGAUGGUCAGAAAAGGGGACACGGCGGUACUUAGGUGUUAUUUGGAAGAUGGAGCUUCAAAGGGUGCCUGGCUGAACCGGUCAAGUAUUAUUUUUGCGGGAGGUGAUAAGUGGUCGGUGGAUCCUCGAGUUUCAAUUUCAACAUUGAAUAAAAGGGACUACAGCCUCCAGAUACAGAAUGUAGAUGUGACAGAUGAUGGCCCCUACACGUGUUCUGUUCAGACUCAACACACUCCAAGAACAAUGCAGGUGCACCUAACUGUGCAAGUUCCUCCGAAGAUAUAUGACAUCUCAAGUGAUAUGACUAUCAAUGAAGGAACCAAUGUCACCCUAACUUGUUUGGCCACUGGAAAACCAGAGCCUUCCAUUUCUUGGCGGCAUAUCUCCCCAUCAGCCAAACCAUUUGAAAAUGGACAAUAUUUGGACAUUUAUGGAAUUACAAGGGACCAGGCUGGAGAAUAUGAAUGCAGUGCAGAAAAUGAUGUGUCAUUCCCAGACGUGAAAAAAGUGAAAAUUGUUGUAAACUUUGCUCCUACAAUUCAGGAAAUUAAAUCUGGCACUGUGGCCCCUGGACGUAGUGGAUUGAUAAGAUGUGAAGGUGCAGGUGUGCCACCUCCGGCCUUUGAAUGGUACAAAGGAGAGAAGAAGCUCUUCAAUGGCCAACAGGGAAUUAUGAUUCAGAAUUUUAGCACAAGAUCCAUUCUCACUGUUACCAAUGUAACACAGGAGCACUUCGGCAACUAUACUUGUGUGGCUGCCAACAAGCUAGGCACAACCAAUGCAAGCCUGUCUCUCAACCCUCCAAGUACAGCCCAGUAUGGAAUUACCGGGAGCGCUGACAUUCUUUUCUCCUGCUGGUACCAUGUGUUGACACUGUCCUCUUUCACCAGCAUAUUCUACCUGAAGAAUGCCAUUCUACAAUAAAUUUAAAGACCCAUAAAAGGCUUUUAAGGAUUCUCUGAAAGUGCUGAUGGCUGGAUCCAAUCUGGUACAGUUUGUUAAAAGCAGCGUGGGAUAUAAUCAGCAGUGCUUACAUGGGGAUGAUCGCCUUCUGUAGAAUUGCUCAUUAUGUAAAUACUUUAAUUCUACUCUUUUUUUUUUUUUUGAUUAGCUACAUUACCUUGUGAAGCAGUACACAUUGUCCUUUUUUUAAGACGUGAAAGCUCUGAAAUUACUUUUAGAGGAUAUUAAUUGUGAUUUCAUGUUUGUAAUCUACAACUUUUGAAAAGCAUUCAGUCAUGGUCUGCUAGGUUGCAGGCUGUAGUUUACAAAAUGAAUAUUGCAGUGAAUAUGUGAUUCUUUAAGGCUGCAAUACAAGCAUUCAUUUCCCUGUUUCAAUACAAGUCAAUUCACAUUUACAAAGAAGCAUUUCUUUUCUUUUUUGAUAAAAAAAAAAAGCAAAUAAUAUUGCCUUCAGACAUUUCUUCAAACUAUAACACCUAUCUAGAUUUUCCUGCUCGCAUGAUAUUCAGGUUUCAGGAAUGAGCCUUGUAAACUAACUGGCUGUGCAGCUCUGCUUCUCUUCCCUGUAAGUUCAGCAUGAGUGUGCCUUCAUGAAAUAGUUUUCUUUUUGUCUCCAAUGACAACAACAACAAGAAAAAUGCUUUGAAAAAUUCCACAUUUUGAAACCAAAAGUAAUUUGCCAUGAUAAAAUUUAAACUAGCUCUGAAGGAUAAAGGAGCUACUAAAUUGUAAAAAAAAAAAAAAAAAAAAAAAAAAAAUCUCCCUUCAUGACCAGUGAGAUUUGAGAAUUUUGUGAAAAGCAAAUUCACACAGCACAGGUAAAUUUACUAAAUGAUUUCUAACUUGUAGCCAAAUGUUAGAUCUGCUUUGGGAUAUAACUCCCUUUGAAAUGAUUGCAUCCAAGAGGUUGACUCACAAGACAGCAUCUUUCCCUUCACUAAUUCAAGCCAAAAUUUCCAAAAUGGUUUGUCAGAAAGAACAUGAAGUAUGAUCACAGGAUAUUGCAUGAGUUUGUAAGCACUCAAAAUUAUUUUGGAUCAGUUGAAGGUGUGUUAUGAUAGACACAGUGGCCCUAUAAAUAAGACCACUUCACAUAUCUUUCCACCAGAAAACAUCACUCAGUCGAUAGUCUGAAAUGGAUGCUAUAUAAUAAAAAUUCCAAACCAUAGUCCAGACUAGUAUGCAGCAGAUCAAUCCCUGAAAUUAACUCUGCAAUAAAACAUUUACUCAUAGCAUUUUAGCUCAAACAACUAAAGUCAAAAGAAAAUUACUAUGGUUUAUUUCUUCUACCAUAGUAUGUGUAAGAGGCAAUUCAAUGAAGACAAAACACCAGUCAUGAGAAUACUUAUUGUCUAUUAAUUAUUAAGCUAUCAUAUAUAUAUGAGUUUAUUUCUAUCAUAAAGAAUGAAAACUACCUUUUAAAUCAAAUUGCUGUUACUCUAACAAUAUUGCAUUAUAGGAAUAGUUUGAUGGUUUUACUUUUUAUUAAGCAAAGUAAAAUCAUAACUUUGAGAGCCAUUUUACAAGUUUGAGAUUACCAACCAAGCUCACUAAAUGUAUAUUUCUUCAAAUAAUUCUCUUUUGGAAGUCACAAUGUUGAUAGUAGUAAAAAAAAUUACUACUAAUAAAGUUAGAUAGAAGAAGCUUUACAGAGAUUAUACCUAACUAAAAUAUUUAGUAUUUUGUCUUAAGAGUUGACUUGAGAAUCCUGAUUUUUUUCAAGCAAAAUUUAAUCCCAAAGUCCAUCAUAAAUCUAUUUUAAUUAGAAAAAAGUGAAUCAUAAACAAGGAAGCAUAGGUACACAGUGUUUCUACAAAAAAAAAUGGCAAUAAUAUGGCAUAAUGCUAUUACUCUCUGUAAUAAUUUACUACAUUUUUGACUGAUAUAUUAAAACGGGUUUUUUAAUGCAUAUAGCAUUUUAAUUCUGCUUAUUAUUGAUUUUUCUAUCCUUUGUGAAUUUGGUGAGCAAACUACAAAUUAUUUUUUGUAUUGCAGCUUUAAAGUGGCACACUCCACAAUAAUCUACUUACUAGAAAUAGUGGUGCUACCGCAAAAGUGUUAACCAUCAGUACCAUUGUUUGGGAGAAAGAAACAGAUCAAGAAUGCAUAUUAUACAGUGGUCGCUUUCCUAGAGUUAAAAAUACCUCCUCUUUGUAAGGUUUGUAGGGUAAAUGUGAGGUAAAUCAAGGUAUAAACUAUGGAUGAACCAAAUAAUUAGUUCAAAGUGUUGUCAUGAUUCCGAAUUUGUGGAGUCUGGUGUUAUUUCCAUAGAAUGUGACAGAAGUACAGUCAUAGCUCAGUAGCUAUAUGUAUUUGCCUUUAUGUUAGAAAAGACUUUCUUGAGUGACAUUUUUAAAUAGAGGAGGUAUUUACUAUGUUUUUCUGUAUCACAGCAGCAUUCCUAGUUCCUAGGCCCCUGGACAGAGUAAAAUCAUGAGUAUUUAUGAGUUCAAUAUUGUUCAAAUAAGGCUACAGUAUUUGCUUUUUUGUGUGAAUGUAUUGCAUAUAAUGUUCAAGUAGAUGAUUUUACAUUUAUGGACAUAUGAAAUGUCUGAUUACUCCAUUUUAUCAGUCCUGACUGUACAAGAUUGUUGCAAUUUCAGAAUAGCAGUUUUAUAAAAUUGAUUUAUCUUUUGAUCUGUAACAAUUUUUCCAGCUAUUCAUUUCAGCACUGUAUUUCUGGAGUCCCACAAAUGGGACUCCUUUUGUUGCCCCUGAAUUUCUUUUUCAAGGAAGAAAGAUAAAGAGCUGUGGAGAUAGGAGAGUAAAAGAGAAAAGACACAAAUGGGAAAAAUAUAAAGAGAUAGAAGGAACAAAAAGGAUGGGUAGAAGAAAGGGACAGAGGAAGAAAGGAAAUAUGGAGUAAAGGGAAGAAACUGUGAUAAAGAGAAGGACGUAAAUGUUAGGGUGGUUGUCUCGACUCAUUUGCAUUCUUCAUUUGACUGCAAGUGUGUAAUUAUGUUUUACAAUGACCCCCCCCCAUUUGAAGUAUAAGUCCUGUUGCUACCAUCAAGUCCCUAUUAUGCAGCAAUUAUGUAACAGAAAUUAUAGCCCAAAUUAUAGCAUUAUAUCUGGGAGUGGGAGGGAUGCAAAAAUAUUUGAGAGGGAUAAUAUCAAACUUAAAGGCACUUUGGGGGGAAAUUAAUCUGAACUAAAAAAUUAAAACUUCAUCACAAAAUUUAAUCUAUACCUAGAAAGUAGACUAGAGAACUGAGAAAAUUACCCAGAUAAUUCAGGGCAAAAAAAAGAUAUAUAUAUAUAUAUAUAUAUAUAUAUAUAUAUAUAUAUAUAUAUAUAUCCCUACAUGUGAACUCAGAAAAUUCUGAGAAACGUAUCAAAGCCAAUCAUCUAUACUGAUCAAAUUUACUGAAUUAUUGUUAACUUAUCCAUUGUGCUUAGCUUUGUGACACAGCCAAAAGUUAUCUAUUUAAUCUUUUCAAUAAAAAUUGUUUUUUGAAAUUCAGAAAUGGUUUUAAAAGGUCAGGUUUUUAACUAUUUAUUGAAGUAUGUGGAUGUACAGUAUUUCAAUAGAUAUGAAUAUGAAUAAAUGGUAUGCCUUAAGAUCCUUUGAAUAUGUAUUUACUUUAAAGACUGGAAAAAGCUCUCCUGUCUUUUAUUAAAACAUCCAUAUUUCACAA